AUGAAUUCAAAAAUUAAAGGAAUAACGGAUGAUAUAACAUCAAUUCCACCAGAAGAACAGAGAUAUUACGCAUUAAAUGCAUUUCCUAAAGUUUUGAAGAUUGGAAGAUUUAAUUUAAAUGAGGAAUUCAUAGAAGGUUUCCUAAACGACAUAAUGAAGAAGGCAGAUAAGGAAUAUGUGGAUAGUGAGUUAAAUAAGAAGGCAAAUUUGGUUUAUGUUGAUGAAAAAGAUAAUGAAAUUAAAGAAAAGGUUGAAUGGUAUCAUGAAUGGACAUUUGAGACUUUUAAAGUUAAAGCUGAUACAGAAUGGGUUUCAGGAUGUUUAGACCUUAAAGCAGAUAAAACUUAUGUUGAUGAAAAUUAUGCAAAGAAGUCGGAAGUAAAUGAUGUGAUUACAAGCAUGAAAAAUGAAAUACUUCAAACAUUAUAUCCUGUUGGUUCUAUUUAUACGUCAAUGAACUCAACAAAUCCUUCAGAAGUUUUAGGUUUUGGUAUGUGGAAGCAGAUUGUGGAUAAAUUCUUAUACUGUGCUAG